UUCUACUGCAAACAGAAACACACAUCUGUUGUAGUCCAACUCUUUUUCUGUAUAUCCAUUGCAUUAUUUAAGGUCCCCCCCAACGCGCCCCCGAGGUCACUUUCUCAUUUCAGGAGACACGUAAAGAAGUGGAGCACCUCAGGGGUUGGUCAGUAACUUCAUUAACGAUCUAGAAGAUGGGAUGGAGUGCACCCUCAUCAAAUUCAUGCAUGACACCAAGCUGGGGGGAGUCAUAGAUACAUGGGAGGAUAUGGAUAGGAUUGAAAGAGACCUUGACAAAUUGGAGGACUGGGCUAAAAGAAAUGUCAUGAGGUUUGUAAUCUCCCGUGCCUUUCCCCUGAACGCCGCGGGUGUGGGUUCUUCUCGAGCCCCAUGGCUCCUAGGGCAGCAUGGCCUGACUAUUGGGGCAACUUCGGGUAAGUCCCCCAGGGCUCUCGCCUGCCAUGUCUGUGAUGGUGGUAAUUGUUGUAUCAGGAAAACUAUGUCUGGUCCUGCCUCCCCUGGUGCCUUCCCUUGGUCGUUCCCGUUGUUCCUUCUUCUUGGGGCUCUGCCUCCCCUACACCCCACCUACUGCCAACUGCGAUGAUGUUACCUGCAUCAUUGAGGUAGAUGAUAUGAACCUUCCUGGCGCUCGGUCUCUCGGAGUCUUCAGCCGCAGGCUAAUAGUGAUGUUUCUUUGCCGAGCGUCCCCUGUGGCCUCCUCCUUCCGGGCCUACACGGCGUCCGGCUUCGGCAGUGCUCCAUCCCCUGGCAUGUUGCCUUCUCCCCGGGUUUGGUACCUGCCGUCUGUCUGUUACAUCUGGAUCCUGACCCUGCUGGGUCCAGCUAUACUCCAGUCGCUACUGCUGCCCCUUUUGGUCGACUCUGCAGCUAGCUCUUUGGGCCCUCCCUUGUCCUGCGCCCCUGUCGUAGCCCCUUUCCGGGGUCUCCACCAGGUCCCCUUGCUGGGACCACCCAAGUGCUCUGGCCUGUCCAGGCCAGCUGAGGACUCCACUUCCGGUCCUGCCAGAAAAAACAUGCCCAGGGCGAUGCGGGAGCUGCUCCCGCCUCCUCCUGACUUUGCCAUUUUUUUCCCUUUUGAUCUUUUUCUGCAGCGGCUCCAGCCACCGCGAUUUCACUUUUGCCACGAUUGGCUCCCAGCGCUGCGUCUUGCCGCCUCCCCAUCUCUUCAGAUUCCCCCAGCGCGGAGGAGACCUGGGACUCAUCGGCUGAUGAAAGCCCCAUGGGCGGCUUCCCCAGGCAAGACCCUUCGCUACGGGCAGCUAUAGGGGUCCUGUGCACAGCCUCCGGAGGAAGGGCCUGUAAACCUGGAGCGGCUGAGACCAUCCCCAGGGAGAUCAGGGGUGAGGGGAUUCCUGACACCUGGGCCAGGCGAAGUGCAUGAAAAGCAGGGAGAGGACACAGCCAUGAGCAAGGUACCGGUGUGUGAACAUGGAGCAGCAGGUGCGGGGAAGCGCCAGAGCAUCAGGGAGACCUGAAGAGCCCCAAGAGGAGCUCGCUACCCUGUCCAUAUCAGCUGGGACUGGAAGUGCCCGUCUCGGCCACUGUGGGUCCAGCACUACCUCGAAAGGCUGCUUCAACAGAGCAUUUGAAGAUGGGGCGUCCCAAGAGACAGCCUCAGUGGCCCCCAGCUGGCACCCAGGGUGAGGGUCUCCUCAGCUGAGGUGCCUCUCACUAGGGUUACCAUAUUUCCAGUUUCAAAACAGGACACCUGUUCGGGGGGGUAAUAUGAUUGUGGGGGGUAGUAAUAUGCCUGUGCCCUGCCCCUCACUCCCAAGCCACAGCCCCCAGCCCUUCUGUUCUUGCUGAUACUCCUCACUCCCAACCUGCAGUCCCCUGGCCCUGCCUGCGCCCCACGCUCCUGACCCACAGUCCCCUGCCCCCUUUAAUGCCCCUCACUACAAGCCACAGCCCCCACUCAGCCUUUCCAGUGCCCCUCACUCCCAACCCGCAGCCCCCUGCCCCCCCCAGCCCUGCAAUGCCUGUCACUCCCUACCCACAGUUCCCUGCAACCCCAGCCCUGCUGCCCCCGAAGAACCCCCCUUCCCCCACUGGAGGGGCAGGCACCUCCUCCGCCGUGCUGCAGCUGCAGCGCUGGAGUUGGGAGGACCCAAAAAAAGGGACACGGGGAGAACCGGACAUGUGGUGACUCUACCCUGAAAACAUGGAGGGGCUCUGCACCUCAGUCCAGCGGGGUCCCUCUAGCCCCAGGGCAGAAUCGUGAGCCAGCCAUGUGCUAGGUCUGAGCUCCUGAGUCCUGGAGGGAAAUCCAGGAUCCACUGAUGGAUUGGGAAGUGAAUCCCAAUGUCCUGGCACCACUGGGGUCGAGGACAGAUUCCCAGAGUUGCUGAUAUCUGCAGGACCCCACCAUCGCGAACCCCCCCCCCCC